AUGUCGACCUACGAAAUUGAACAUAACACAAGCGACCCCUCAACGGCCCAACAGCCACGCCGCCGUCGCCCCGACCUUUCCACCUUCUUCUCUGCUCUCUCCGAGAUCACACCCGCCCCAGACCACAGACCCCAUGCCGUCCCAGUACCAGGAGAUAUCAGCGCAGCGUUCUACUCUCUUGCCGAAGCGCUUGAGAUGAUGCGCCGCGAUGCAGACACCGAGCCGAACCCCCAGGCGCAAGCAGGCACCGAUAACACCAUCACAGAGCACCGCGACGACCUGUUGACCACUAUGAUCCAGUCGCUUCUUUCGCAGGCUGAUACACCCCCGCGUGAAGUUGAGGGCGUUAGUGAGGAAUUCUGCGAUAUGCUCGAACGUGUCCCCAAAGCCAAACUCAACGAUUCCGAUAUCUGCCCCAUCUGCAAUAACCCCUUCGUUGAAGAUCCUUACCCGCUCGUCGUCCAGCUGCCCUGUCACCCUACACACCGCUUUGACAUGGAAUGUGUGCGGCCUUGGUUACGUUUGCGCGGAACGUGUCCACUUGACCGAGUGGAUUUCGCGAAGCAGCAGAGGGAGAAGGUUGAGGCGCGUAAGAAGCUUGUUGAAGAAGAUGAAGAGGAGGAGUGGGAUGGAGUAUCUCUUCGGAACCAUGAUGUUUCACCAUACAUUCUGUCGUAA